GAAUAAAAAAAUAUAAUAUAAAUCUAUAAUAUUAGUAUAAUAUAAUAAAAUUAUAUUAUUAAAAAAUUAUUUGAGUGAUCGAUCCACCCCUCCCUUUUCUCAGAAAACAAAAGGGAGGCGAUCUCUGUUAUUUCAACUGCGUGCAAGAGAUGUGCUUCUGAAGGUUAAAGUACAAAAAUGGCAGAAUCUUCUGACGAUCAAAUUCCUUUUAACUGUCCGAUCUGUCUUCAUCUUCUGAAAUGCCCAGUAACUACAACUUGUGGUCACAGUUUCUGUAUGACCUGUCUUAAUGGAUUCUGGGAUCGGGGUGAUCAGAAGGGUGUUUACAGCUGCCCCCAGUGCAGGCAGACGUUCAGCCCAAGACCAGCACUCAGCAGAAACACUGUGCUGGCUGAAGUUGUAGAGAAAACGAAGAGAGAAGCACCAGAAGCAGGAACAGCCUCUCCUGUCCUGAGUUUUGCUGUUUCUGGAGAUGUGGAGUGUGACAUCUGCACUGAGACCAAACUAAAAGCUAUCAAGUCCUGUCUGGCAUGUUUGGCGUCUUACUGUGAAUCUCACAUUCAAACUCAUUAUACAUCUCCUGCAUUAAGGAGGCACAAACUGGUCAAUGCCUCACCUCAUCUACUGGACCAGAUCUGCUCCCAACAUGAUAAACUACUGGAGCUGUACUGUUGCAAAGAUCAGCAGCUGAUAUGUAUGCAGUGCGCUUUAAUCAACCACCAGAACCACAGCAUGACUUCACCUGCAGCAGAAAGACAAAAAAUACAGGAACAAUUGAAGUCAAAUCAGGAUGAUCUGCAAGAGGACAUGCUUCAGCGAGAGAUCAAGGUGAAGGAACUAAGACAAGCCAUGGACUCUUAUAAGAUCUCUGCAGAGGCAGCAGUGGAGCACAAUGAGAAGAUGUUUACUGAGCUGAUCAGCUCCAUGGAGAAGCGUCAAGCUAAUAUAACAAAGAUGAUCACAGCUCAGGAGAAAGCAGAAAUAAACAGAGUUGAGAAACUUGUACUUACACUGGAGCAGGAGAUCAAUGACCUGAGAAAGAGACAUGAUGAACUGGGGCAGCUUUCACUGAUAGAGGAUAACAUCAAUUUCAUUCAGAAAUUCUCAUCUCUUUCCCGCUACCAAUGUUCAAACUUGUGCACCAUCUCCAUCAGCCAACAUCUGACAUUUGUGGAAAUAGAAAAAGUUGUCUGUGAGCUGAAAACCCAACUAGAUGAUCUCUGUGAACAAGACAUAUUGUGGAUAUCAGAGAAAGUUCCUGCUGUCCAUAUAAUGGUGAACAAUGAAAAAGUCCCAAAAUAUUUGCCAUCCCAUCCCAAGACCAGAGAAGAGUUCCUUAUAUAUUCUUGUGAUCUGAAUCUAAAUUGCUCAUCAGCCUGCAGUCAACUCAAUGUAAACAACAAGUCUGUGUCAAGAAAUAAUUCUGAACAAUUCAGUAACUAUAUGGGCUCACCAUUUUCUUUAGGCCAAACAUAUGUAAGUACGUUCCAGGAACGUACAUACCAGGUGUUGUGUAAUGAGAGUCUAUCUGGACGCUGUUAUUUUGAAGUUCAGUGGGGAGGAACAGGUUGCAGUAUUGCAUUCUCUUAUGAUCAGAUUAGUCAAGGAGGUGGAACUUUUAUCUUUGGCUCUAACAAUAGAUCUUGGAAAUGUGACUUUCCAACAGCUAAUCUUAAUGUAUGGCACGAAAACCAACAGACUAACAUUUGUGUGAUCUCUAAAAUUGGAGUGUUUCUUGAUCAAGAAGCAGGAACGGUUUCCUUUUACAAUGUCUCUGACAAACUGACCCUCCUGCACAGAAUCCAGACCACAUUUAGUCAGCCCCUCUACCCUGGGUUUUCAUUUCAGAAUUGGGGAAAUUACUCCUCAGUGGCAAUUUGUGAUCUGUCAUCUCCAAAGAAAAAUGAGUAAAUCUAAUUAAAAGUGCUAGGGUUUUUUGCCCAUAUACUUCAGUCACUGGGCUGUCUUAAUGAAAGAGGUAUAUGUAUAUAUAUAUAUAUAUUAUAUAGAACUGAAUUGAAUAUAUAUAUUUCUUUUAAUUUGUGGAAUAACAGCCACUUUCUGUUAUUUGGUGUGAUUGCAUGUCAAAAGAUGGGUUGGUUUAUCGGGUGUUAUACUGUGGUUUUCUUUUUUUUCUUUUUUUUUUGGAUUGACCAAUUCCCAUUAAAAAUAGUGGAUUAAGGUUGAACUUCUAUGCAUUAUGCACAAUGAAUUACAUUUUUUUGUACAAACUGAGGAAUUCUCUGUAUACCAACAGCAGAACAGAUCCAUGAAAUAAAUGAAAAAAAAGUCUUGCUUGCGUUUGUUUUGAAUGCUUUUGCCUGUUUUUUUGUUGUUUUUUUUUUUGCACUUUUGCAUACGUUUGUUGCAUUGGAAUUUUUAGGUAUGUUAUGUACAGUAAUUAUCUGCAUUUUUGUUUAAUUGUAUAUGAUUUGAUUUGGAUGCACCGUAUUUUACAUAUAAACGUGCUGUAUGUCUGUUAGCUAUGCUUAGACUUU